CUAUAACCUUAACUAUCAGACGUUAUAACUUUACUAUCAGAAGGUUGCAUAAAUAAAAUUCACCAGAGAAAUAAUAAAGUCUUGUUGUUCACCACUUUUACAUUUGUUACUUUAGUUACUACUUAGUACUUAGAAUGUGUACGGUACCCAACGGUCUAGUAUGGCUUAGCGUGGCGGGUGACGGGAAACGACUGACUACGGCUGUCGGGCACACUCCCGCGCAGCUAAAAAAUGUACGUUCAGCAAAAUAUAAAUUCCAUGCAACAUACAGUGUACUACAUAACAUCCUUCCCAAAAUUUUGCCAAACAUUAUAAACAUUUUUAUAAAAUAACAAAUUGAUAAACUUAUAAUUACAAUUACACAAAGACACAAUUACUGUUCUAGUAUUACAAACUGCAUACUUGCAAUUCAGCGAACGAAACAUAAUACCAUAAUAACAACUCAGCGUCACGCGCACAUAACAUUGUUUAUACAUAUUGCAUGAACUUUGUUUGUAUCAUCCAUUGCGACAUGAUUGCUAAAAAAAAAUAAGUUUUGAAUAGGUGUACCGUACAUAACUUUCUUAACACUACUACGACACUUUUAAAUUCUUGAAUACAUAUAAAUUACACAAAAUCGAAAGAAUUUGGUUUGUUUUGGUACGUACGAUAAAUAAUAAUAAAAACUAAUAAGUUUCCGAUUUAUCACUCAACACAAUAUACACUACUAUCUCACUAUACUUCAGUAGGUUGGCUGCUGCUGCUGCUGCGGUGUGGACUGUACCCUUACGACGGAUUGCUCUAGUCCAGCGCUGGCUACUACUCGUUUCCUCAACCCCUAAUUCCAUCUCGCUCAGUAAUUUCUGUAAUUGUCUAGUGGCGGAUUCUUCAUAUGUGGAUAGUAACUUUUCCUUAAUGGCGUCAUAUUUUCCACUUUCCGGAGGUUGCAUUAGUAAGUCAGUAAUCUGUCCUAUGGCUGCCUUGCUCAAUUUGGAUAUGACGAGAUCAUGUCUAGCUUGGUCAGAUAAUUUCUGAGAGUUCAAAGUCGCCUCAAUUUGCAAAAACCAGUACCUCGGUUGGUCUGUCCAAAACUCCGGUAAUCUUGACGAUAUCGUCACUGCUGCUAAGUCUACCUGCAUUUUUGUUGCGGUCUUGACACCUGCUGCUGACUGAUCUAUGCGGUUCCAUCGUGUAUCGUGCCUUUUAAAUUAAUACAACGUCACCACGCUAGCCGUACCGUACUUGAGUUGAGUCGUUUCACGGACGCACUAAACUUUAUUGUCCUGUGUUCUGUCGGGGUCACCACUGUGGAGUUUGUGGGUUAUCUGGUAUUGGACCACUAAUGCUGUAUUAGUGUGUUGCCUCUAUAACCCCUUCACUUGACUAUCAGAAGGUUGCAUAAAUAAAAUUCACCAGAGAAAUAAUAAAGUCUAUGGCUGGUUUUAGUUUUACGCCGACGGCACGCUCACCGUCAGCGCUCAUAGCUCAGCGCGUAGUUUGUCAGCGCUGAGGCUCAGCGUGGCUCGUUUUAGUAUCGUACUGACCGCCAUACUGUACAGACGACGACCAAAAUGCGGAGUGUGUUAAUUAUUGCUGCUUUGUACUAUCUAUCCCAAAAAAUAAAACCGGCGACGACGAAGACUCCAUGUUCAUCCAUUGAUUGAGCAGAGAGCCGUUGCAGGAGAAUUUGUCUUGUUAUAUGGCACUUUGAGGGCUGACGAAAGUAAAUUCUUUAAUUACUUUCGAAUGUCAACUAGAACUUUUGACGAAUUACUGGCAAAGAUACAGGAUAAACUGGUCCAUUGCAGCUUACGAAUCGUGCCUAUACCACCGAUUGAACGACUAAUGGUGACUUUAAGAUUUCUUGCUACGGGUCGAACAUAUACGGAUUUGCAGUAUUCAUUUAGGAUGGGAAUCGCAACAAUCAGUAAGAUCGUGGACGAAGUGUGUAAAGUAACAUGGAACACGCUACACAAUGAAUGCAUACCAUCAAAUACACCUGAUAUGUGGCUAAAUAUUGCUAACGGUUUUCUACAAAAGACCAACUUUCCAAAUUGUAUUGGGGCUAUUGAUGGCAAGCACAUCCGAAUCGUAAAUCCAACCGGUGGUGGAUCAAUAUUCUACAACUAUAAAAAUUUUUACUCCAUUGUUCUGCUGGCUAUGUGCGAUGCAGAUUAUUGUUUUACAUAUGUAAACAUUGGAGCAUAUGGGAAAAGCUCGGACUCGACUAUAUUUCAAAACAGUACACUCUACAGGAGCCUUGAACAAAACACUUUAAAUAUUCCUAGACCGAAGCCAUUGCCUGGAACAAAUACUCCAGUUGAACAUGUAAUUGUGGGUGAUGGUGCUUUUGGCAUAUCCAAUAAAAUUCUAAAGCCAUAUGCACGAUCCAAUAUGACCCACAAGAAAAAAAUAUUUAAUUAUAGACUGAGCCGUAGUAGACGAUACAUAGAAUCUACAUUUGGUAUAAUGUCAAACAAGUUCAGAGUGUUUCAUACACCUAUUAAUGUGAGUUUUGAUGUUACAAAGAAUAUAGUUAAACCAUGCUGCGUAUUGCAUAACUUUAUAAGACUUCGCGAUGGUUAUCGUAUAGAAGACACACUUACAAUUGAGGGUAUGGUAGACCUGCCAGCUGUACCUACAAACAGGUCUGGACACGCUCUGCGAGAACAUUUUGCUGAGUACUUUGUUAGCCCUAUUGGAAGCGUGCCCUGGCAAGAUUCGUGUAUAUUUUAACUUGAAAAGGCUUUAUCCUGUAGUAGUGUAGGUAUUUAGAUAAUAAAAUAAGAAAGUAAACAAACCAAGUUGUUGUUUUUCUUCUCCUGAAAUAUUCGAACAAUGUGUCCGCAAUAUCCUCCCAGGCUUUGUUUCUUGCAUCUUUAUUUUUGUAGAGUGGAUCGGAUGCAUCCCACAAUUUCUUCCUCAGGCGUACCUCAUCGAUAACUCGACUUGUAUCCACUUCGCGAUUCGCCAUGACUGUACGCGCUGACGACGUCCGCUCCGCUCGACGCUAGAACGCUCACUGAAAGCAGAGGCGCUCGGGCGAUCGUCAGCGCCGACAGCUACGCGGGGCCGACGCGCGACGCGUACGGCCGCGUAGCUAUCAUCGCUGACCACUGUGCGCGCUGAUAGGUACGCAUCAUUUAAAAACGCUUCCUAGAAGUCCAUAUAUCUCGGCCAUCAGCGCUGACGGUGCGCGUGCCGUCGGCGUAAAACUAAAACCAGCCUAUAUUGUUCACCACUUAUACAUUUGUUACUGUAGUUACUACUUCGUACUUAAUAAGUGUACGGUGCCCAACGGUCUAGUAUGGCUUAGCGUGGCGGGUGACGGGAAACGACUGACUACGGCUGUCGGGCACACUCCCGCGCAGCUACAAAAUGUACGUUCAGCAAAAUAUUAAUUUCAAGCAACAUACAGUGUGUCCCUACAGUGUAAAGCCUGUAGCGGAGUGAAGUGUGUUAUUGUAUGCUAUUAUUGCAUAUUUCAUUAAGCUAACGGGGUCGUCUUUGUCUGUGAUUCUUUGUAUCCUAAUUAAUUCUGCUAAUGUUGAGUGUAGUCUUUCUAUUGGUGAAUUUCAGUUCGGGAUAUACGGUUUCGUGAACUGUAUGUUUAUGUUGUGUAAAGCACACACUUCUGUGAUAACAUCGUUGUCGAAUUUAGAGUCUGGUAUUCGUAUUAUUGAAAAUAUACUCAAGAGUGCUUCAGCAAUGUGUAUGCUGGUUGAGGCUGUAAGCGCUAUUGCUUGUGCAUAUUUUGUAAAAUUAUCAAUUAUUGUUCGGAAUGUUGUACCUCCACUGAUAUAUAAAUCCAUGAACAUAUGUUCCAUCGGUUUAUGUGGUGUUUCUGUCAGUGAAAGUGGUAGUUUUAGGGGAUUUCUCUCAUAUUUGCUUUUUAGACAUGUAUCACAUUUGUUUAUGAAUUUUUGGAUAGUAGCUAACAUGUUAGGCCAAUGGUAGUUUCUAUGAAUGUGUUUGUAUGUUUCCUGUAUACCUCUGUGUAUUGUUCUUCCUUCAUGAUAUUUCCUUAUUAUGUCGUUUUGUUCGGAAAUAUUUUCUAUUAGGGUGACUCUAUUUAUACAUCUUAUUAAUUUAGGACCGCGGUUGUUAAAUACUGUCUUGUAAACUCUGCAAAAUAAAGGGUAAUAUUCCUCGUGAUGGAAAAAACAGUGGAACGUCCUGUCUGGGAUGGUGUGUUCUUUUAGAAAUUGAAUUAUUUGUUGUUUUAUCAAUAGAUCUUUAUCUUUUUUGAUGUAUCUAAUUGAGAAGGAUUGGGUGUACUAGGUAGUGUGGUUGUUUGAUUGUCUACUGAGCUAGGCUGUUGUUCUAUCACCUGGCUGAUUACUUCCGGUGUUGUAGGUAUGAGUGUGCCUAAAAUUGCUCUUAAAUCUGUGUUGCACUACUAACCUUGCACUACCUAACGCACCGUUAAGGUGCGUUAGGUAGUGCAAUAUUGUUAACAUCUAAAUCUGCGUCGUAACUUGAUGUGCUAGGUUACGGAUUUACUGUGUUGUGGUGCAUUACUUGGACUCUAGAUAGUGCGUCUGCGUUAGUGUUGACUUUACCUUUCUUGUAUUGUACGUCGUAAUUAUAUUCUGCUAAUCUUAAGCGCCAUCGUGUAAGUUUAGAGUUUGGGUCUUUAAAUGUCAGUGGACGAUGAUCUGUAUAUAUUGUGAAUCGUUUGCCAUAGAGGUAUGAUCUGAAAUAUUUAAUUGCUCAUACUAUGCCAAGCAAUUCUUUCUCUAUUGUAGAGUAUCUUUGCUUUGUGUCCGAUAGUGUGCGAGAGGCGUACGCUAUUGGUUUGUUUGAUCCUAGAUCACCUAGUGAUAGUACUGCGCCUAAAGCUACAUCUGAUGCGUCUGUUGUAAGAAUGAAUGGUUUACUAAAGUCUGGGUAUUGCAGAAUAGGUGCGUUUACUAAUACUUCUUUACAUUUUUCGAAUGCUUCAGUAUACUCGGGUAUUAUAUUUAUUUUACUGCCUUUUUUUAAGCAUUUUAUUAAUGGUUUUGUGAGUUUGGCGAAAUCUUGUAUGAAUUUUCUGUAAUAUCCUACUAAACCUAAGAAUGAUUUUGUUUCCUUCUGUGAUUUAGGUAUUGGAAUUUUUUUUACUGCUGCUAUCUUGUCUUCGUUAGGCUGAAGACCUUCGUUUGUAAGUGGGUGUCCUAGAAAUUUGACUUGCUUCUGUAGGAAUUCUGACUUAUUUAACUGAAUUUUUAAGUUAUUUAUACAAAAUCUGUCAAAAAUUUGUCUGCAUUUGUCUAGGUGUUCCUGAAGGGAUGUAGAAUAAAUUAUGAUAUCGUCUAGAUAUGUAAGUACGUUGGCUAUACCACGUAAUACAGAAUCCAUUAGUCUUUGAAAUGUAUUAGGUGCAUUUUUAAGACCAAAGGGCAAUUUAAGGAAUUCAUAAUGUCCUCUUUCUAUAGAAAAAACGGUUUUUUCUAUGUCAUUCGGGUGCAUUUCAACUUGGUGAUGUCCUGAUGCUAGGUCUAGUGUAGUAAAGUAUUGUGCUUGUCCUAAUCAAUCGAGAAUAUCGUCUAUAUUGGGUAAUGGAUAUUUAUCUUCUUUGGUUUUGUCGUUGAGUUUCCUAUAGUCUAUAACUAACCUGAACUUUUGUUCGCCAGUGCUGUCUAGUUUCUUAGGGACUAUAUGUACUGGGCAAGACCACGGGGAAUUGCUCUCUUGUAUUAUUCUUUGUUCAAGGAGUUCAUUUAUUUGUUUUUUGAUUUCCUCCUUUUUUUUUGGUGCUUGUCUAUAAUUACGUACAUAUAUGAGUUUCUUAUCUGAUAGUCUUCUCAAUGGUAUUUCUUCGCAGUGGAAGAUGUCGCGGUAAUUAAAGCAAAGGUUUCUAAUUUCGCGUUCUUCCUCUAUAUUCAUGUGAUUUGUCCUGAUUCUGUUUAAAUUUUCUUUUAGUUUGUGGUCUACCUUCCUAUUUACUUUUAUGUUGUGUACGUGUGCAGGUUCAGUUGUGCCAUUUUUAUUUCUGCUGAAGUCUAGGCUUUGUAGUUUUAGGUCAUAACUAUUUUUAAAUUUGAUCGUUUUUUCAGAUGUGUUGAUUACUGUUGUGAGCAUGUUUCCGUUUCUUAC